CCCAUGGACUGCCCGGCCAUCAUCACCCAGGUGACCAACCCCAAGGAGGACGAGGGCCGGGCGCCAGGCGCGAGCGAGAAAGCUUCACAAUGCAACAUCAGCUUAAAGAAGCAGAGGAGCCGCAGCAUCCUCAGCUCCUUCUUCUGCUGCUUCCGUGAUUACAAUGUGGAGGCCCCUCCACCCAGCAGCCCCAAUGUGCUUCCGCCACUGGUGGAGGAGAAUGGUGGGCUCCAGAAGGGUGACCAGAGGCAGGUCAUUCCCAUACCAAGUCCACCAGCUAAAUACCUCCUUCCAGAGGUGACGGUGCUCGACUACGGAAAGAAAUGUGUGGUCAUUGAUUUAGAUGAAACACUGGUGCACAGCUCAUUUAAGCCUAUUAGUAAUGCUGAUUUUAUUGUUCCGGUUGAAAUCGAUGGAACUAUACAUCAGGUAUAUGUGCUAAAGCGGCCACAUGUGGAUGAGUUCCUCCAGAGGAUGGGGCAGCUCUUUGAGUGUGUGCUCUUUACUGCCAGCUUGGCAAAGUAUGCAGACCCUGUGGCUGACCUGCUUGACCGCUGGGGUGUGUUCCGGGCCCGGCUCUUCAGAGAGUCUUGUGUUUUUCAUCGUGGGAACUAUGUGAAGGACCUGAGUCGCCUUGGACGGGAGCUGAGCAAAGUAAUCAUCGUUGACAAUUCUCCUGCCUCAUACAUCUUCCAUCCUGAGAAUGCAGUGCCUGUGCAGUCCUGGUUCGAUGACAUGACAGACACAGAGCUGCUGGACCUCAUCCCCUUCUUUGAGGGCCUGAGCCGGGAGGACGACGUGUACAGCAUGCUGCACAGACUCUGCAAUAGGUAGCCCUGGCCUGGGCCCCCAUCGUACCUGUGCACUCUGGAACUUCUGGCCUCAGGGGACCUGCCUGCCCUCAGCUCCCCAGGAGCCGAAUGUGAGGAUUCUCUAUGCUCCAGGCCGUAGGGUGAAUGUGGCCAUGCCUACCUAUUUUGUUUUUUAGAAACAGAAACAACUAUUUUAAAAAGAACUAUUUUAACAAAUUUCAUAAAGGGACAUGCAUUUUACUGGAUUUGCUUUUCUUAAAACAUACCAAAAAGAAAAAAAUGGAAAAAAAAAAAAAAGCUUGAUAUCUAUCAGACUUCCUUUCAACUGUCCUCCCCUCCAAGCAAAACCACCUGUCCCCUUCUGUUCCAGCUUGGAGCAGCUGACCCAACUCAGAAUCUCUUUCCUACAGGAUGAAGUGCCUUUUGAAUGUUAUUUUAAGCUGAGAGUUAAUUUUUCUACAUAAUUCCAGACAUCUUUUAGUCUUUUAUUAUCUUACUCUAAGAAAAACACAACAAUUUUCUAGAACCUGGUAGCGUGUGUGUGGUGGGGGUGGUAGUGAGGGAGUGAGUCAUAGGAGCCUGUCUCCCAGCAGGUGAGACUUUGCUCUCAGAUGACCUGUGGCAUGCUGCGGGGUCAGGCUCCUGAUAGGAGCGUUUUAUGACUAUGUCAUUAUUUCCAUGCAUUUCUGACCCAGUUUGGAAUGUAUCUGCAAUUGUGUGGGAAAUAACAGAUUCUUUUGUAUUAUUUCAGAUGGUGACAAAUUUGUUUUGAGGUUACAUUUAUCCCUUGAAAAGUGACAUCAUGUCACUUCUCUUUCAUAGUACUGCCAUACUUCUGUUUUUUGUUGUUGUUUUAGUAGAGCAGUUAUAAGAAACUCUAAAACCCUUAGAUAUAUUUUUUAAAAAAUCUGUUUUAUUGAUUUUUAAAUCUUUCCUUUCCAAAAGCUGGACACACAUGGAGCUGUUUGGGAAUUUUCUUUGCUGCUACCGCGCUGCCACCAAAUGGAAUUGACCAGCGGCUAUUACACUGUUCUUUGCCACUGUGCCUAUGAUCAGAAUAUGCUCACUGCUAAGCUACAAACUUGGACAGGGUCAGAAACAUAGAUGCCCACCCCGUUUCAGACUGCACCAGUUGCAUCCCUCCUUGGUGCUGGCCACUAAUGUGUACAAAAGCAAAAAGGCCAAAGCACCACACAGGAGUGAUAUUAAUUUUUUAAACUGCAGUCAACAUCAGAUCCUGCUUGACAAGCUGACUGUUCUCUCUUGAGAACAUGUGGCCUCAACCAGCCACCAAGCUGAUAUGGCCCAAGUCCAUCUCUUGGUCUCCUCCUUGAAGCACAGUCUGUUUCUGAGCCAAGGAUUGGGGAAGCCUGUCUAGAUGUAGGACUCCUAGCCCCAAACCAGCAAGAGGAAAGAAUCUCUCCUCUGAGCAUAGGGUCUCUUUGUAGCCUUUCCCAGUUUGGUGUUUAAGCAGUGCCAUGUUCUUUGUUUGACAAGACAGUUGUAAAGUAUUGCUCUUAAAAACAAUUAAAGAGAACACUUUCAUGUUGGCACCAUUGCCUUAGUCCUCUGUGGAUUGGUCCUCAGCCACAGUUCUGAUGGGAGUGACUGGCACUUAGCAAGACUGGAACUUGGAGAUCAGAGUAAAAUUUCUUCUUCUUAACUUUCAUUCACAAAAUAAUGAAACCAGCUGCCAAUCAUGUCCUCCCAGUAGCACUUUGGUCUGUGGACUGCUGUGCAUUCAGAAGAGAAGUAGUUAUUCAGGGGUAACCAGGUCUCCCAGCAUUCUGAGUGUUCUGAACCCAGUAACCCCCAUGCCAAUUAUUAAUAAAAUAGAAACAGCCCCUUGCUAGGCAUCACCACAGAUAAUGACAGUUACAUGGUAGAAACCUUUAUUUGGAAAACCAGUCAUUAAAUGAACCCACUGCCUUAAAUGUCUUGAAUGUUGCAGUCAAGUGUCUGUCAUGUCGACAUCCACACAGAACCAAGCCCUGAUGAGAGCCUUCGAACCUCACCUAUGCCUCCUUCUUUGUUGGUAUCACAGGGCCUUAUUCGGAAGAGGGGACAGAGAGGAUGGCAAUUCUAAAAUAUUUCAGGGGAAAUGAACCUAGGAAUAGUGCUCCACUUCUGAGAGAUGGAGUGAAGACACUUGGCAGGCUUGAGCCAGACACUUCACCUAGUAGUUCCUGAAACUGUGAGCACCAGUGCACUAAUCCAGUGUGGGGCCGUUGGGAAGAGAGCCCAGUUCCUGCCACCACAGACACAGAAUGUCUUGGGAGGGCCAGCAAGCCCUCUGAGGGUUCUGGAAUCUGUGCACCUUAUUUGACUACACUCCAAAAUUCUGUUUUAUUUUAACCCUUGAAUCUGCUUUAUGUACAUAAUCAAAAUAUCUAUAUCUAUAUAUAUUUUUAAUCAUCUACAUGUAAAUGAAGCAAUAGAAUUCUAACAUAAGGCCAAGAAAUGAGGUGAAUGUUUGGGGUUUAUGUUUUUAAGGUAAAUACGGGUAUUGUUUUUAAUUAUUACCUUUUAUUCAACUGUGGGCUUUAAAACCUAUUGAAACCUAUUAGCUACUUCUCUGUGCCAUAUACUUCCCAUGUUACCAAAAUAACCCCAAUUCUUCAGCCAAAAGAGAAGUCUGACCUCCUGAGUUUCCUUGGUCCUUCCUGUACCAGGUUAAAAUGUAUUCUUCUGGACAAGUGUUUUUUUACAUUGAGAUCCGGGGCAAGAUGCCUUGUGUAUGUGGACUCCAGCCCACUAUGAUGUUACGGCUUAUCUGGCCAGGCCUCAAGUGGAGGUGCCCGGGCACUCCCGACAUUGUUAAUGUUCUGUCUUCCAUUUGUUCUGGAAUCCUAUAUGUUGUUCUGUGGUUUCAUGCAUUAGCUGUUUGUAAAAAAAUUCACUUGUAUACUAAAAAGCAGCACCACCUGUCACAGUUAAUGGUCGGUGGGGAAGCUCCUAUGAUAUGGUGCAAUUUUGAUGAGAUGACUUCAGAGAAAUGAGGAUGCUCUAAUGGCACUGACUUGUCAUGAUUGCAGCAUUUGAACUUUUGAAAUAAAAAGGAAAUCUGUAAGUCUGUAUAUAACCUGGCAACAUUUUCUAACCCUGUAUUUUUUUAAAUGGCUUUCUAUUAAAAUCUAGAACCACACAGCCCUAUGGUCAAACACUCCUAACGUUUGUGCCUCUGCUUUUAAAGGUGCUGUGGUGGACAGCUGGCAUGCCAGGGUUCAAGGACAGUGGGUGGCUUGAAGUACUUGCAGUUACCUGUGCAAAACUGGCUGGCUGCCUCUGUUCCUAUUUUACUGUAAAUUUGAUCCUGUCUGUUCCUAUUCCAUUUUCCCAGGAGCUUCUCUGCAGUCUGACACUCCCCGGGUAAUAGAGACGCUGGUGUCUGGGUAGUUGUGGGUUUCUGUUGGACAUUUGAAUGUGAUAAACAAUCUGGCAUUACUUGGUCAAUGCUACAUGUGGAAUGUGCACGUUUCCAGGGGCAAGUAUUGUCAAUCAAGAAGUUUGCAAUGAUCUCCUUCCUGCCAAAAAUAAACAUAUGAAACUGCA